CCACUAAAGAAAGAAAGAAAGUCAAACAUCAAGCGCUGCGUGUUCACAUCACUCUGAUUUUCUCUCUUGAGUGUUUUAAACAGAGUGUUGUGUGUGUGUGUUUGUGUUGAGAUGUUGAGGAUGACGUCACAGAUGUGCUGUAAAUCAGUGGGAACUGAUCUGUCCAUGCUGGAUAUUGAUGAUUUCAUCACAGAAAUCUGUCAGCUGAAGAAAGAGGUGGCGUUACUGGAGGAAAAGCUGAGGACAAGAGGAGAUGAACUCAACACUGAGGUUUGGACACAUUCAACAUCAUUUACUGCUUUUAUACUGUCAUUCAUGUCAAACUAAACCAAAGUGAGACAUCACACAUAUAUUCUAUAUAAAGCUCCAGUGCUGAUGAUGUGUUGUGUGUUUGUCAGAUUGUGGUAAAGGUCGAGUCAAACCCCACAGACGCUCAGGACACUGUGUGUGACAGUAAUCACACCUUGAAUCAGGAUGAAUCUACUGAUCAAACCUCCACAGAGUCUCUGGAUUCUGUCUGUAACGCUGGAGAACAGCAGAUCCUGAACACCAGACCACUCAACAUGUGUUCUGUCACACUGAUGGACUGCAGGAAACUCAUGGAGAUGAAAACGGAAGAAACAUCAGACAAAGAUCAGACUGGUGAAGAUGAUUUGUUUUCUUCAGUGAAACCGAUGAGCGACGGCGGGAACAUGAUGGAGUUAAAAAAAGAACCCAAAUCUGAGGAACUUUACACUGAUGAUGACAAUCAGGAUGAUUAUUUUCAUCCUUCAGAUGAGAGCGGUGAUUCAUGUUGUGAUGGAGAAACGGCCUCUACAUCAAAACAGCGACUGACAGCACAAACUCUUUCCUGCAUCACCUGUGGAAAGACAUUCAGUUCACAGAGACGUUUAGAGACACAUGAGAGAAAACACACAGAACAGAAACUCUUCACCUGCACCAGAUGUGACAUCAGCUUUCCUACCUUACAAGAGAAGAAACUUCAUUCACAAGAGCACAGAGACCAGAAACACUUUCACUGUCAGCAGUGUGGGAGAGCUUGUGUCUCGUCUUCUAGUCUGAACGCUCACAUGAGGACACACACUGGAGAAAAACCUUUCCACUGCAGUCAAUGUGACAAAUAUUUCAGCACAAAAUCAAGUCUUGUUCUUCAUCAGAGAAUUCACACUGGAGAAAAACCCCACAAGUGUCCUCACUGUGACAAGAGAUUCAGCCAUUCAUCUAAUCUGAAGAAACACAUGCAUGUCCACACUAACGAGAGACCGUAUCAGUGCAGUGAAUGUGGAAAAGCCUAUAGGAGGGCAUAUAAUCUAAAGUUACACCAAAAAAGACACUCUGAGGAGAAACUCUAUCAGUGUUCACACUGUGAUAAAAGUUUUGUUAAAAAAUCGUACUUGGUACGUCAUGAGAGAAUUCACACUGGAGAGAAACCUUACCUCUGCUCUCACUGUGGNGGUGAUUCAUGUUGUGAUGGAGAAACGGCCUCAGCAUCAAAACAGCGACUGACAGCGACAACUCUUUCCUGCAUCACCUCGUGGAAAGACAUAGUUCAUUCAGAGACGUUUAGAGACACAUGA